GUGCAUCAGCGGACCGGUCCCCCAGUGACGGUGCUCGGGUGCUGUGAAGGUGAGGGCAGUACUGGCAGUUUUACUUAGCAUUAUCGCUGUGUAAUGGUCUAAGGUUAAAUGCUGAGUAUAUGCCUCCCUCACUGUACUGUCAUCACCGAGGCGUGGCUACCGCCCUGUCAGUGUCAUGUUACCGGCUUCAUGUAUGUAACCCUGUCACACCAUGAAGUCAGUGGGAGGAGCCACUGUACCUAUUGCCGUGUCCUUCAAUUAGCCUGAUCAUCACCACUCCGGCUCCGCUGCUCCGCACAGAGAGAAGGGCUUGGAUUCAUCAGCCAAUCGAAUCGUGUGACAUAACGAGGAGGUGAUCUUUUUCCAGCUGGCGUUACUACUUUUGGAUCUGUUCUGACGAUUGAAGCCUCUGUCUCACUGCUGAAACUAGUGGAGCAAUGGCUGGGGGAUACCGUCUUUUAUUAUCCCAGUUAAGAUUACACUGUCUUCGUCCACAUUCCUGUUCCCUUCACACACCUGUGCCUGGUCAUGCCCAGCCUUGGGCUCCAGUGUUUUGUAAGGCACCAGCAUUUGGUAACAGAACGGCAUUGGUUGACCAUCAUGGGCAGCACAGUUACCAGGAAUUAUAUUUCAGGAGCUGUGCCCUGUCCAAAGAGAUAACGCGACUCCUGGGUAAUCCGAGUAACGAUGUCCUCCCAGAAAGAGUCUCCUUCCUUUGUCCCAAUGACUCCUCAUAUGUGGUGUGCCAGUGGGCUGCUUGGAUGAGUGGUGCCAUUGCAGUCCCGCUGAUUAAAAGUCACCCGCUGCCUGAGUUAGAGUACAUCUUGCAGGACUCCCAGAGUGCUCUGGUGAUGGCAGAGGCAGGCUAUGCAGAUUUCAUAAACCCUUUGGCUCAGAAGUUGGGCAUCGCAAAGCUUACUGUACCCAGUUCUCCAAACUGGAAUCAAACUUCGAAGGUGGAAGACAUUAAUGUUGACCUGGACUGGAAGGAGAGAGGGGCUAUGAUUAUUUAUACUAGCGGGACCACUGGAAAACCAAAGGGUGUGCUCAGCACUCACAGCAAUCUAAGCGCUAUGAUAACUGCUCUGGUAGAAGAGUGGUCGUGGACUAAAGCAGAUUGCAUUUUGCAUGUGUUACCCCUUAACCAUGUGCAUGGAGUGGUCAACAAGUUGCUCUGCCCUCUGUGGGUAGGUGCCUCUUGUAUCAUGCUCCCCAAAUUCUCCCCAGAGAAGGUAUGGCAGCACUUUCUUAGCACAGAGGCCUCCUCCAUCAACCUCUUCAUGGCUGUGCCCACUAUCUACAGUAAACUUAUCGAUUACUAUGAUUGUCACUUUACUAAGCCAAGCAUUCAGGACUUUGUGAGGACAAUGUGCCAGCGUAAAUUCAGGCUAAUGGUGUCUGGCUCCUCAGCUCUUCCUGUGCCAGUUUUGGAGCGUUGGCGGGAGAUUACUGGUCACACUCUUCUGGAGAGAUAUGGCAUGACAGAAAUUGGCAUGGGUCUGACCAACCCACUCAAUGGCCCACGUGUGCCAGGGUCAGUGGGCAACCCCCUGCCAGGAGUAGAGGUCCGCAUUGCAGCCGAGGUUCCUCAUAAUGAAGGCCGCUCCUAUACUAUCCUUGCUCAGGGAGACGUCUUUGGUACAAAGGUCUCCCCAGGUUUGGAGGACAGGGAAGGGGAGCUGCAGGUACGCGGCCCAGCUGUGUUCAGGGAGUACUGGAACAAACCAAAGGAAACAAGAGAUGCUUUCACCCCAGAUGGCUGGUUCAGAACAGGGGACACUGCAGUGUACAAGGACAGCUCUUACUGGAUCCUUGGCCGAACCUCUGUUGACAUCAUAAAGAGUGGAGGUUACAAAAUCAGCGCUUUGGAUGUAGAGCGCCACCUUUUGGCUCACCCUAGUAUUACAGAUGUCGCUGUGAUUGGAGCUCCAGAUAUGAAGUGGGGGCAGCGUGUAGCAGCCAUUGUGAAACUGCGUGAUGGCCAUACGCUUUCCUUGAAUGAGCUAAAACAGUGGGCAAGGGCAGUCAUGGACCCGUACUGCAUUCCUGCUGAGCUCAUCCAGGUGGAAGAAAUUCCCAGAAACCAGAUGGGAAAAAUCAAUAAAAAGCAGUUGCUGGCUCACUUCUAUCCACAGUGAGAUGGAGAAGCAGCAGCCUGUACCGGAACACACACGGAAUACAGUAUCUCUGCUACGCACUCACCCUCAACUCUGUAUUCUGGACCAGCAACAGAAUAUCUCCUCAUACCAGACCCUCAACACCCCGAUCCACCCUCAGUUAUUUUCCCCUCAAACCGAAGACAAAGCCUCUGUACUCGUCACAUUGCUUAACCCCACGUCCUUUUCCCUCUCAGCUUCUCUGCUUCCUCUCCCUAUGGCAUGCACAUCUUUAGAUCGCCUCUAUUACUUUUGAUUCUUAGUUGGCACCACAUUCCCAUCCUCCUUUAGACGAUCUAAAAAAACAUGGACAUGUCCCCAUGCAGUAUGUAAACCAAGCAUCCCCGAUCCAGCCAUUCUUUCAAGUUACUGCCCUAAACUUGUGAAUUUUCUGGACUCAGAGCAGGACCCCAGGGUUGGUUAUUGCUGGAAGCCAAAUGUAGGUACUAGGAGGCUUAAUGGGAUUUCUCCUCAUACGGGAACACAGGAAUAGACUAGUGACUGUGGGAGAUGUGCUGCACCAAGAACUGGCAGGAAUCUAGAAAGUGCACUGCACUUAAAGUCACUGGCUGUCAUCGGAAACUAAUGUACUGUAGGUAGGUAACAAGAACAGAGUACCCAGUACUGCUGAUGUGGGUACUGAGAGUAUUUAAUGUUAUUGAUGUCUGCACAACAGGACACCGCACGUCAUCCCACAGGAUGGUGAUCGGUGCUGAGGGUGAAUGUCACAGUUGGUAGCUGUAGUGCAGGUGACAAAUGGGGAAUCCAGCUAUAAGGUAACUGGCAUUGAGAUGAUGAUGAUAAUAAUAAUGUUAUUUGUGUAGCAAGUUUCUCCUAUUAGGACUAAAAGUGCUUUAUAUUUGCCUUUACGGCACAAUAUACAAAACAAGCUUAACAGUGGAUAUUAGUGAAAUGCUUGAGUAAA